AUGUACUUCUCAAACGCCAAGCUCACUGUUUUGGUGUUAUUUGACAGCUUCUUCUUUUCAAAGGCCUGGGAAUAUGAUUUCCCAGAAGGAUGGGAAUCGCAAUGGACUGGAAACGGCCAACAUCAAGCCAUCUUGGGUAAUGUUGGGAAGUGCAGAACAAGCCACAUGAAAGCAUUCGACACUGCCAAGUCUAAUGCAGACAUCUGGCUUUCCACCAGCCCCCUCGACGACUUUGAAGCUCCGAAGAUUCUGCCUUUGAACUCCAGCACGGGCGAGCAGUGGGAGUUUGAUGGUAUCUCAGAUGAUGGAAUGUUUGCUUUCAUAUUUGGAUUCUAUCGCGAUCCAGGUCUCUCGCUUAUGGGAACUGGGAACCUGAGGAUCUCAGCUGAACUUGCGUAUGCGAAUGGAACUCGCUUUGGAAGAGUGGAUUAUGCGAGUGACUCGAUUGUAGAUUCCUGUCCCGACGGAACUCGAGGCGUUUGGAAAGGGGGCGACUUCAGUUACCAAUGGGAGGUCUCGAAGGAUAUGAGUCGUAUGCGACUGGGAACGAUAACGCCCGAUUUGAAGGGCAAUAUUUUCAUGACUUCAAGAACUCUUCCCCGAUACGCAGAUGCUUCGACUUGGCCUUCAGGAAAUGCUACCACAGAGAUCUCGCCGCAUUUCCACUGGGUCGAACCCAUUCCCGUGGGCGAUGUCAAGGUAGAUUUGACUGUGAAAGGAGAGAGAGACUUUACAUGGCAAGGCCUGGGAGGUCACAAUCGUCUGUGGUCACCUUUCAAUUGGUUCACCUGUCUCAAGGCGAUGAAUGCAGUUCGGAUGACUGCGGGUCCUUAUUCCCUGUCUUACAUGAAAUUUACAUCUAGGAUUGAUGGGGAAGACCACUCGUCGAUUCUCCUCAUGCAGGACGGUAACAAACUAUUCUCGAGUACGCUAGGAGAAGAGUCUCAGACCGAGGACUAUGUUUUGAUGACCAAGACCUACGAUGGUGCUGUCACGGGUACGCUGCGGGACAAAGUUACUGGCUACGAGCUUGAACUAGUCUCGCCCGGCAGGAAGAAACACUGGACUUUCAUCAUGGAGCAUAAAAACAUUGCGUUCGAGUAUUUGGUUGGGAAGGGUCGCGGUGGAAGUGGAUUUUCCUGCAGCUCGAGUGGUGGGCCUGUCGGUCUGGAGCAGUUUCGAGGUGUUGCCUUGACUGAAGCUCUGAAUUUUCCAGACAGCACUCCUCUCUUUACCAACCAGUACAAGAAAUGA